CAAUGUUCCCAAAUUGUGUCGGCGCAGCCAUCCCGAGCAGCGGGCACCGGCUCAGCGGGAAGCAGCGGGCACCGGCAAUGGCAGAGAACGGGCUCCUUGACAACGGGGAGACAGAAAGAGCGAGAGAAAGUCCGGCCCGGUUACCGACAGCAACCAAGCCGCUGGCGGUGAAAUACACCAAGAUCUUCAUCAACAAUGAAUGGCACGAAUCUGUGAGCAGAAAAAAGUUUGCUAUCUUCAACCCAGCAUCUGGGGAGAGGAUCUGUGAUGUGGAAGAAGGUGAUAAGCCUGAUGUGGACAAAGCAGUGGAAGCAGCAAGAGAAGCUUUCCAGCCAGGAUCCCCAUGGAGAAAUCUGGAUACAUCAGCCAGAGGACAGCUCUUAUAUAAAUGGGCUGACCUCAUUGAGCGAGACCGACACAUUCUGGCUACUCUGGAGACCAUGGACACAGGAAAACCCUUUCUGCAGUCAUUUGCCGUUGACUUAGAGGGCUGCGUAAGGACACUGCGGUACUAUGCUGGAUGGGCAGAUAAGAUCCACGGGCAAAGUAUACCAGUGGAUGGAGAUUUUGUGAUGUUUACAAGACAUGAACCGAUUGGUGUCUGUGGACAGAUUAUUCCAUGGAAUUUCCCCCUGCUGAUGUUCAUUUGGAAAGUGGCUCCAGCAGUUUGCUGUGGGAAUACUGUAGUGAUUAAACCAGCCGAACAGACUCCCCUCACAGCUCUUUACAUGGGAGCCUUAAUCAAGGAGGUUCCUUUCCCCCCAGGUGUGGUGAAUAUUGUCCCAGGAUAUGGACCCACUGCCGGGGCAGCUAUCGCCUGCCACAAGGACAUUGAUAAAAUUGCAUUCACUGGUUCAACUGAGGUUGGAAAGUCAAUAACUGAAGCUGCCUCUAAAAGUAACCUGAAGAGAGUCACCCUAGAGCUUGGUGGGAAGAAUCCUUGCAUUGUCUUUGCUGACUCUGACUUGUCCCAGGCAGUUGACUAUGCCUCACAGGGAGCUUUCUUUAACCAAGGCCAGUGCUGCACUGCUGCUGCUCGGGUUUUUGUCGAGGAACCAAUUUACGACGAGUUCAUUCGCCGCAGUGUGGAGCGGGUGAAGAAGCGAGUGGUGGGUAAUCCUUUUGAUCCGCAAACUGAACAAGGACCUCAGAUUGACCAAGUUCACUUUGACAAAAUCAUGGAACUAAUAGAGAGUGGGAAGAAAGAAGGAGCCAAGCUGGACGCUGGUGGCUGUGCCAUUGGAGAUGUAGGUCAUUACAUUCAACCGACAGUGUUCUCAGAAGUGACAGACAACAUGCGUAUUGCAAAGGAGGAGAUUUUUGGACCAGUGCAAGUGAUAAUGAAGUUUAAAAACACUGAGGAGGUCGUUAGAAGAGCCAACAGCAGUGAAUUUGGACUGACAGCAGGCGUGUUCACCAGGAACAUCAACAAAGCAUUGACUGUAGCCUCUGCCCUUCAGUCUGGAACAGUAUGGAUUAACUGCUACAAUGCUCUUCAUGCUCAGGCACCUUUUGGAGGUUUCAAAAUGUCUGGAAAUGGAAGAGAACUAGGUGAAUAUGGACUGAGGGAAUACACAGAAGUGAAAACCGUCACCAUCAAAAUCACACAGAAUGACCAUUAAAAUGAUGAAAAAGACCACGUGACAUGGUACAAGAAGCAGUCUGGAGAAGAGCUGAAUCAUAAGGACAUGGACAUUGACAAAAUUGAAUUUUCUAACUAGACAAAGCUCUUAAAUUCUUAAGAAAUAAUUUCUGACUUUGCACAAAUUAAAUAUUUUGUAUUUGUUAUAACUUAGAAUUUGUAGGUUCAAUCUAAUAAAAAGUAUACUGUAAUAGUGACUGCAGGAACCUCCCUUUAUUUCCACAUGCAGGUGCAGGUGAAAGGUUAUACUAGCAUGGUUAGUAAACUCAUCAACAUUUACUGGACAACUUUACAGAUUCACAGUCUCAGCAAAGACCUUCACUCAGUGGGAGAGUAUUGGCUGGUUACAAACUCCCUAACCACGAACAGUAAUUCGAUAGGUGGAUAAUCAACAGUCAUCAUUUUAAUGCCGAAAAACAUCUCAAAAUGCUUCACAAAUGGAAAAUAUGAAAUCAGUUAUUGAUAGUUAUAAUGGGGAGGCAAUGGCAUUGUGGUAUAAUCCUAGACUAUUGACCCUGAGACCCGAGACUUGGGUUCGAAUUCCACCAUGGCAGAUGGCAGAAUUUGAAUUCAAUUAAUGGGCAGCACAGUGGCUCAGUGGUUAGCACAGCUGCCUCACAGA